AUGGCUACCCCCAGUGUCCUUACCUUUGGUGCUGAGGGCCGUGCUGUUGACUUUGAGGUCUGGGUCGAGGACCUCCAGCUGUUCCUACAGUGCGAUAGGGCAGACGGACUCUCUCUGUUCGAUCUCAUCUCUGGUGUCUCUCCUGCCCCGCCUGCUACUGCUGACAGCACUGUUCGCUCACAGUGGGCCACACGCGAUGCUGCUGCCCGCCUUGCUGUGCGUCGCCAUUUACCGACCACUGAGCGUGUGCACUUUAGUCAGUACAAGAGUGCUAAGACCUUGUACGACGCUGUAGUUGCACGCUACUCCUCCCCUGCCACUACUGCGCUUAGCCGCCUCAUGCUGCCGUACAUGUUCCCUGACCUUGCUGCCUUUCCCACAGUCGCUGAUCUCAUUACGCACCUUCGCACUAGUGACAUUCGCUACCGCGCUGCACUUCCUAAUGAGUUCUGUGCCAAGAACCCCCCCCCCCCCAUGUAUAUCACCCUCUACUACAUAGUCACCCGGCUCCCUGACUCCCUUCGCUUAGUCAGGGACCACUUCCUCUCAGUUUGCCCCACCACACUCACCGUUGACCUCCUCGAGGAGCGUCUCCUAGCAGCAGAGAAGAGCAUAGUCGCUGUAGGAGCCUCUCAUGGUGACCCUCGCACCCCCGUCUUUGAGGGUCGGUCGGCGCUGCAUCUGCCCCUAGCGGGAGACGCCGCACCGGCAACGGCAAGGGGGACAAGGGCGCUGGGGGGGCUGGCGGGGGCGGUGGAGGUGGUGGUGGAGGGAGUGGAGGGGGUGGGGGUGGUGGUGGGAGUGAUGGCGGGGGUGGAGGUGUUGGUGCCAGCUUUGGAGGCGGUGGAGGUGGCGGAGGCGGCGGAGGGAGCGGAGGCGGCGGAGGUGGUGGUGGCGGCGGAGGUGGCGGGGGUGGCGGAGGCGGCGGCGGCGGCGGUGGAGCAGGUCGUGGCUCUGCGCAAAGGAGUGGCUCCGGUGCGCGGUGGGGGUACUGGUCCCUGCACCUACGUUCUCCGUACUGGCGACCGCACUGGUGAGCAGUGCGGGGGGCUGCACUCCACCCAGGGCUGCUUCGGCCGCCUGACGGACGCUUGGCGUCACCAGUUCCCUGAGGCCUCUGAGAUCCCUUACUGGGGAGAGCUGUCUAGGGCGGGGGUUGCUAUCUUUGAUCUUGAUUAUGAUGCUAUUCUUGCUGCCAUGUAUGCUAUGUCUGAUAGUGUUGAGGGUGAUUGUUACCUGUGUGUUCCGCCUGACCCGGGCAUUGAGCCUGCUGCUUUAGGUACUGGUGAGGCUGCUGCUCUAGGUGCUAGUGCGUCUGCUGCCCCAGGUGCUGGUGAGUCUGCUCUCUCAGGUACUACCCCCAUCAGGCACCGUGUCCGGUCUCUACCUCCCCUCGUUCUCUACGAACUUGGUGAGUGGAGCUGA